UCCUAACCCACAGUUUUAUCCAGAGCAUUGUGAGUCGUGCACACACCUGUAACUCUAUAGGACAAUAUGUUGGCUGUGCUCUUCAUCCUGGGGGCAUUGUGUCCCCUAAACUUUGCAGUAAUCCCGAUUAGUUUGCUGAGUCCUGAAACAGAUGGGGUGUUGGCGAGCAAAUUCCCAAACUCUUUUCUACUGACACUGCCUGACUGCUCUACUUAUGGAACGAAGACCGUUGAGCUGCUGUACACAGAACUGGGCACCAAUAUAAACAAAACAGAAAAUUUCACGGUUCCAUCCUGUCCAGUCAGUCAGCCAGGGUUCCUUCUGAAAGACCUAAAAAAUGGAACAACUUACAACAUGACGUACAAAAUUGAAAAUGAUACAAGCACAGUCUUGACUGAUACGACUACCAACGCCAUUGAUUAUCAGCAAAUAAACAGUGGUCUUCCAGCGCGCAGUGGAGCCAUGGUGGUCAUCACCGUCAUUCUGUCUUUGGCUAUGGCGAUUCUACUGGUUGGCCUCUUUAUUAUCGUGUUCUUUUCAGGCUGAGCUCAACAUGAUGCACUUCAACACUACAUGAAAUCUAUUUCAUUUAAAAAAGAAUUAAAAUGCAUUUCAGAUACAUUUAGAAAAUUUCAGAGAGAUUUAUCUUUCAGUCUAUAUUUGGUAACAGUUUACCUGUGUGGGAUGUAACAGGGAAUUACACAAAUGUAAAUAUAUAUAUUUAUCAAUAAUUUCAAACUGAAUGGUGUAGUGCAUUUCAAAUAAAUCUUGUUCCUUAAAUACA